UCCGCGACUGGGUUCUUUCAGGCGCUUGAAAAUGCGCUGGAAGGCUGUCAUUUCGGCUCAACCGAACACACUUAUUUACCAUCGAAACUUAUCUUUUGGACUACGUUCUACACCUCCCGUUGACAAGAAACCACUUCGUGACCUCUCGUCGCUUGGAGUCAUCAUCAAACGAGCGCCGCUGCUGAUGUAGUUGUGUUGUGACGCUGGUCCCGCGUCGCCACUACCUCCAGCCUCCUCCCGACCCCCCGGUGCCUCUUCGCUGCUGUAUGACCUCUAACCUCUGCACACCAUCAAGACAGAGGAUUUCUUCCUCCGGAGCACCCAAGCUUGCCCUUCGCCUCCUCGCCAAGGAGCAGCCGGGUGACUCCACUUGGACCAGAGGAGCUGUCUAUCCCCCCACCCCCCCUCCUCCCGCUCCCUCUCCCUCCCUCCUUGUCCCAGAAUCCCUCAGAGGUCUACGGUUUUUCUUCUGGUGGUAUCGAGCCCGGCUCAGCCGGCCGCGCGUACUCUUCAAAACUGGGGCGCGAUUCGUGUGAUGCGACCAUGUCGGGUCUGGGCGAGCGCCGGCCGGUCAACGCGGACUACGCCGUCUCCCUGCUGGAGCAGCUCAAGUUCUUCUACGAGCAGAAGCUGCUGACGGACGUGGUGCUGCUAGUGGACGACACGGAGUUCCCGUGCCACAAGAUGGUGUUGGCUGCGUGCAGCUCCUAUUUCAGGGCGAUGUUCAUGGGCGGCCUGAGCGAGAGCAAGCAGACGCACGUGCACCUGAGGAACGUGGACGCCGCCACGCUGCAGAUCAUCAUCACGUACGCCUACACAGGCCACCUGGCCAUCAGCGACAGCACCGUGGAGCCGCUCUACGAGACCGCUUGCUUUCUGCAGGUGGAGGACGCCCUGCUGCAGUGCCGCGAUUACCUGGUGAAGAAGAUCAACCCCGAGAACUGCGUGCGCAUGCUGAGCAUCGGCGACCUGUUCAGCUGCAGCGAGCUAAAGCAGAGCGCCAAGCGCAUGGUGGAGCACAAGUUCCCCAUGGUGUACCGGCAGGACGCCUUCCUGCAGCUGUCGCACGAGCUGCUGCUGGACGUGCUGAGCAGCGACAACCUCAACGUGGAGAAGGAGGAGACCGUGCGAGAGGCGGCCAUGCUGUGGCUGGAGUACAACAUGGAGGCGCGCUCGCAGCACCUGUCGUCGGUGCUCAGCCAGAUCCGCAUCGACGCGCUCUCCGAGGUGACACAGCGGGCCUGGUUCCGGGGCCUGCCGCCCAACGACAAGUCGGUGGUGGUGCAGGGCCUCUACAAGUCCAUGCCCAAGUUCUUCAAGCCGCGCCUGGGCAUGACCAAGGAGGAGAUGCUCAUCUUCGUGGAGGCGCUGUCCGAGAUGCCGGUCAUGAACGUGAUGAUGCCGCUGGUGCCCGCCAUGGUGUGCUACAGCCCGCAGGCCGAGAAGGUCUACAAGCUGCGCAACCCGCCGCGAAACCUGCAGAAGGUGGGCACGCUGGUCACCCCCGACAACGACGUGUUCAUCGCCGGCGGCGAGGUGGUGCUGGAGAACGCCUUUAGCCGCGGCGGCGGCCUGCAGGUGGCGGUGGACAGCUUCUUCUGGCUGGACGCCCAGCAGAACACCUGGGUGGCCAAGACGCCCAUGCUGUGCGCCCGGCUCAAGCCCUCGCUGGUCUACUGCGACGGCUGCAUCUACGCCGUGGGCGGCGACAACGUCGGCGGCGAGCUCAACCGGCGCACGGUGGAGCGCUACGACCGCGUGAAGGACGAGUGGAGUAUGGUGAGCCCGCUGCCGCUGGCGUGGAGCUGGAGCACGUGCGUGGUGGCGCACGACUGCAUCUACGUGCUGACCCUCGACCUCAUGUACUGCUACCUGCCGCGCGCCGACGCCUGGGUGGAGAUGGCCCUUCGCAAAACCAGCCGCUGCUACGCCUCGGCCGCCGCCUUCGGGGACCUCAUCUUCUACCUGGGCGGCCUGCACGUGAGGGGCAGCUCGGCUCGCGGCGCCUGCCCGCCGCCCGACUCCUCCUCGCUGGACGUGGAGAUCUACGACAUCAACAAGAACGAGUGGCGCCAGGCCGCCAAUAUCCCCGCCAAGCCCUACUCGGACCCCAGCGUGCACGCCGUGGUGCUGCUCGACGGGCUGUGCAUCUUUAAGCGCGAGACGCACAUGAACGACCGGCCCAAGUACGCCAUCUACAAGUACGAGGUGGAGCUGGACCGCUGGUACCUGCGGCAGCCCGUGUCGGAGCGCGUGCUCUGGGAACUGGGCACCGGCUUCCACUGCACUGUGGGCAAGCUGUACCCAUCCUGCCUGGAGGAGUCCCCGUGGAAGCCGCCCGCCUACCUCUUCUCGCCCGACGGCGCCGAGGAGUUCAACAUGGAUGGGGAGCUGGUGUCCCUCCCCCUCGUAUAGCUUUCAGGCACCCCCCUGGUGAGCCAGCUGGGGGUGCGGGGCGCGGGAACCCUCGAAAGGACGCAGAAUCUGCCGCUCGGGGACCUUGGCUCCAAACAUAACGGACCUCGCAAACUUCUUUUCUUCUUGAGCUCAUAACGUGGUGGUGGUGGGUUGGGGGGGGGGUGUCUGCUCAAACACGUUUGCCCUCGCGGUUCCCAGGCUGAAGGAUUCGAAUCUCUUGGUUUGCUGCGUGGAGUUUGCAUGUUCUCCCCGUGCUUGCGUGGGGUUUUUGUUUUGUUUUUUGUUUUCCUGCGAGUACUCCGGCUUGCUCCCACAUUCCAAAACCAUGCAUGUCAGCUCAAUUGGCCAAACGUGUUGAGAGUUUUCCGUCGCUUUUUCUCUUCAAACACGAUCCACAAAAAAAGGUUUGGGAUACAGAGAAUUGGGACCGAGCCCUGCCGUGCACAGCAACUGUCCGCUCGUUGCGUCGGGAUGCCAUAACAGGGUAGCAAAGCACUACUUACUCCUAAAUGCAACUCGAAAUACUUUUUACAUUAAGGUGGCGCCAAAUCAACACUUUUCAACGUCCAAUUUUUCAGUUCAAUUGCCCUCGCCCAAAAAUCAGCUGGGAUAGGCGCCAAGUGGGAUCCAAAAUUGGUUGGCUGGCUCAUCUCUGGGUGCUUCAACACUCACCCCGCCCCUUUUCGAUCCCCCCCGUCCUCCGACCGUGUUUGGACAAUCUCUUCAGAGGAGCUGAGAGUGACCUCGGGAUUAAUCUAAUCAAGCAACUUUCUGAACAACAAAUAAAAUGUAAAAAAGGCUUGUUAUGGCAGUACAGGGGCAGGGAGACUGUAGAUACCCCCCUUGCCUCUCUUGGUUGUGGGCGACUGCGGGUCCAGUCGCUCGCCCACUCUGCCCUUGGCUACGCCCACUGCGCCUGGGGCCUUCCACACAACCAUCGUUUAACGCCUCACGCUAUGCUGGUGAUCGUCAUUGGUAACACAGACACAGACACCUCUUCUUAGCAGUUCUCAUUUCUAAGCUGCUGAAGUAUGAUAAAUAGCUAUUUUUCAUAUGUUUAAAACAUGUGUUACAGUUUGGGGCGGUGGGGGGGGGCGACAACCCGUUCUAUUUUGUAUUAGUGGUUUGUUUGUUUUUUUUUAAUGAAAAUUAGACAUUACUGUAGUGUGACUGUGGCUGGAAGUCGGUCCUCGUUCAUUAAGCGGGCCUGGGAGCUUGUUGCCCUGGAAACCAGCCCUUGGCAACCACUAGCAGGAGUCUGGCGUGGUGAGAUCUUAAACUCCAUGAGCACAGGUGCUUCAUGGCGGACGUUUGGAGCAUGUUUGGCUGCAUCGUAUUCCGUUGGCACUGUUUCCCCUCUGAACUAUAAUUUAUUAAAGUAUAAUCGAAAA